CGACGACGACGACCGGUACAAAGCGUCGCGACGCGGGGCGAAGCGGAGCGGCGCGGCACGAAGCCGCGAGACCACGAAGGAUACGAGACGACGAGCAGCUCGCUGCUCCCGGUCAGCUCGCCGUCAUAGCGGAGCAGAACGGAGCGCAGCAAAGCUGAGUGGUGCGGAGAGCAGAGAGCACGGAGGAGAGCCCCUAACCACACGCUAACCAGCCUCGCUCGCUCGCAAUAACUCUAAACGAGGCAAGAUGGCGGCCGUGGAGGCAGCGGAGGCCCCGUCCUCUCUCCUCGCGCUCACCACGGGCGACAAGAUCCUCGUGACCGUCGAUUCCGCGCUACCCGACAUCCUCGUAGUGUCCUUCGUCCACGGCACCAAGUGCUUCCAAGGUGUGCUCCUCGACGCUACCAAAAGAGGCCUUCCCUGCGGUGUUCAGCCUCCGGAGCCGAUUCCAGGCCCCGAUGGCGACAAAUUGGCGACGAUCGCGACGCGUUUCAGCUAUUUCCAAGAGCGGAAGAGCACGCUGUCGUCGUCGACUGCCUCCGUUGUUACCAAGGUUGAUCUCCGCAGGAGCAUCAAUCCGCCUGCCAGAUAUAAGAAUGCAAGGCCCACAGUGAGACUGAGACCACGUCAGGUGCUUUGCAGCAAGUGCCGGUCCAUCUGCAACGAGAAUAGCGAGAACGUCGACGUCAGCAGGAAGCGGAAGCAUGAAGAGGUGCAACAACAACCGCAGCAGCAGUUGGUCGCGAGUACCACGAGAAGAAGCGACCGACGUUGCGGUCAGCAAUUGCAGAAGGCCCAACGGACUUUGCUUUCCGAAUGCCAGACAGAAAACUCGACCUCCAAUCAAGCGACGAAGACAACGGCCUCGAGUCCCGACUCCUCGAAAAUGGGGGCCUCCCUGAUCCCGAAACUAGCAAGAUUACAGCCUAACGAGAUCAGCAACGCCAUACAGGGCUCUGGUCAAUUCUCCGACAAAGUGAAAGUCGCGGCGAGCGCACAGCCAUCGCACUGGCCGGUCAGAGGUGAGGAAGAGACGUCCCUGAGGAACGUCCUGAGACCCGCAGAAGAAAGAAUCGAGUCCACCGAUUGCGACAGCAAUCCUUCAAUGGCUUACUGCGCUACACCGAGGAGACUCAGUAGUUCGUCGGUGGAAAGUGCGAAGGUACCUGAAGAAGAAGAUAAGAAGACUUUUGCUGCUGCGGAUUCAACCAUGAGACUGAGAACUGGCAGAAUACCGAGAAAGAAACGUUCAGUAGGUUCGAUGGAAGACCUUUGGGAUGAAUCUGUCUUUGAAGAUCCUACGAGAACCGCUCGAACCACGCCAGUAAUCAAAAUCUCGUUUGGUGCGCAAGGUGAAGGUACGGUUCUAAAGAUACCCGCCAAACUUCAGGACCCCGAGUAUGAACAGGAGACUGACGACCCUGACGACACUCAGCAAGAGAGGGAUCCUCUGGAAUUACCCAGAUCCUUCGACAACGACUACGAGUAUCACGAGGGGGGUGAAGAAGACGGACAAGAACAGGUGGACCCUCAGAAGCAGGGCGUGAAGGAUGCCAGCGCGAAGGCAGCCAAACGAGCCCUGAAGAAAGCCAAGAAAGAGGCUAGGAGAAAGAUGCUGGGCGGAGUGUCGCCAGCGAGGUCUCCUUGCAAUGGAUCACCGAGAUAUAAUCCCACUUACGAUCCUCUCUCGUAUCAUCGUCGGAAGCACAAGGUGAAACAUAAAAAGAAACAUAAGGAGGGUCGGAAGCACAAGAACCAACAGCAGCAACAGCAAGAACAACAUCAACAGUCGCAGCAACAACAACCGCAGCCUGAGCAGUCUUGCUUGGACUCGACGGAACAGCACCAGCAGAAUUGGAACGUCCUACCUGGUGGCGAAUCCUACAGAGCCAUCAAGGAACAGUGCCUGAAGCAGAAACUGUCGAUAUCGCUUAAGAGGCUUAACACGAAUGCGUAUGCGCGUUGCGACUACCCUGUCAGCAACGCGUCCUCCGGCUGCAAGAGCUCCGGUGGCAGUAGCGACGAGCUGAGUGAGCAAGAGCCGGAAGUGGAAACGGCGCCUGACUUUCCACCGCAAUCUCAUCCCUUGGUGAUGCGACUGGCCGCUACCCCCGUCGCUCACUGUCUUACAGCCAAUGGCAGGAGAAUGGACGUUGGUGACGUUGUGUGGGGCAAGAUUCACGGUUUCCCGUGGUGGCCUGGCAAGGUUUUGAGUAUCACGGUGUCCUGUAAAGAAGAUGGCACCUCGUCCGGCCCUCAAGCUCAUGUGGCUUGGUACGGAUCGUCUACAAGCUCGCUAAUGUCCUGCGACCAAUUAAGUCCUUUCCUCGAAACCUUUAAGACGCGGUACAAUAAGAAGAAACGUGGUCCGUACAAAGAGGCGAUACGACAGGCUCAAAACGAGGCUCGUAGUCAGAUUACGCCUAAUUCGACCAACAGCGUGUUGAAUGUUUGCGGUUCGCCCCGCGAGGUAAACGUUCUCUCCUAAGGGAAGUUCUCCGACAACCAUUCCUUACUGCCGAGCAUCCGUCGGCGUGAUAAUUAAAGCGUUUGUGGCAAGAGAGUGCUGACCGAUUAUCCACGACAUUCCCAGCUGCAGCAGAUUAACCCCGAUUUCAUUUAAUUUCUCUAUUACUUGUAUCCGUCAGUUCUAUUUUUAGAGAUCUUUCUCUCUGAGAGCUUCGAAUUUAUCGACUCUUAUAAAGACUAAGUUAAGACUAAGUUAAAGGUGUAUUUUAGAUUGGCAUUCAAAUAAUUCGCGCGGUUUUUUCGAUGUAUGAAAUUUUUCGUAUGCUUAAAUUUGAAGAUUCUUAAAUUCAAUGGUGAAAUUUAUUGCGAUCUCUGAAAAUAUUUCGGAAUAUUCGAUCGCAUGAACUUUUGAGACUUGAAUUAUCCAUGCUGCGGAUAUUUGAACUCUUUAGAAAUGCAUCUGACGUACACACUCUCUUAUCACGAGACUCACUAUCACUAAUCGCGACAGUGACUGAAUUAUGAAAAGAUAAUGCUCUCGUUGUGUCACGAGCGCGGGUUAACGCUGACUUUCCGCGAGCGCUUGAAUUACGACGGAUUGGAAUUGUCGUGUAAUAUAUGAAAUUUUGUACAUACCCCUUAGCGCUAAUGAAAUAGUUAUUGAUCGAUGUUCUGUCAGCCAUUUUUCUCGCGAUUAGUCGCUUAGAGCCAGUCGCCCUCUCCGAUCAAAAUUAAUGUUUCCCUCGACUCAGUUUUAAAUUCAGCGUUGGACGAUCAGCGGAUUUUGGUCCUCGAUAUUUUAGAACUUUAUCGUUUUCUUCUAUAUUUUCGUAUUUUGAAGUGAAAUCCAUAGAUUCAUAAUCUGAGAAAUUCUAAUUAUGUUGAAUUAUGUUGAAUUAUGUUGAAUUAUGUGAAAAAUAAGGCUUACGACUUCAGUUUUACAUGAUGAACUAUCGGGGAUUCUAUCUCGUAGAUAACUUGUGGAAUAACGAAUUCUGGUGAAACACGACGUGUUCAUUAGAAUCGAUGAGUCAUAAUGUUCUUUCUAAUUCCGAAGCUUCUAAAUGUCGCGAUCGACUGACUCUCGGCGAAUCGAAUCGUGAACGUUUACUGCCAUCGUCACUGGCUUCUCUGUCCUCGGCUUACCAAGCGGAUGGUAGCGCGUAAAAGUCUACUCUAGAUAUUUCUAGACUAAUCGUAAGUACUCACGGCGAAGUUAACUGAUCCGAUUUGUUUCUUCGUUGAUUAAUCUCUCAAACGUCUCAGGCGAUGUGAAGUCGCGAUUAUUGAGGAUUGGCAAUUAUCGCUUGUUACACUUGCUAGAAUGAAUGAAUAAUUAAUUAUCGGAAACAGCGUGACCAUCUCAGAAACACAGACUGCAAAUUAUUAUAGUUUUUACGCAAUAGUGAUCGUCAUUCUUUGUUAUAAAUGUUUGGUAUAUAUGUUACCACAUGUGGUGUAUAUACUUCUCAGCUUUGAUGUCUUCUUUUAUAUAUAUAUUUUUCUAUAGUGCACAUUUUGUAUUUCUUUUCUUUCAGGAAAAAGCAAUGAUUUGAGGGAUUAAGUGUAAAUUUUUGAUAAUAGUUAUCGUUCUCUGUUGGCCGCCAUAGUGAUUCGUGUCGGAGAUUUAGCUGGACAAAACGCUGGGUGUGCUUAGGAUUGUAUUUAAAUGUAAAUUUUCAUUCUUCUCCAAGAAAGACAGCCAAUAUUUACGCUUUGUGCCAACACUGCCGUGUAAUUAAACAAUCGAUUGUUUGAUCAUCGAGCAACGAUAAUUGUAAAGCGACUUAUGGACUCGCGAUUGACUGUGAAAAUAGCUUGGAUAAAUCUCGUCUCUUAAAAGCACUAAUUAACUACAAAAGUAAAGUUUUCUAAAAGAAAAAAAAAAGAGAAAUAUAUAUAUGAAUUAACAGAGGAUUUUCAACUUGUAGUUUCAGAGAGACAAAAAAGUUCGAGAAAUUAAAUCUCGUAAAUUAUUCAAUAGUUUUUACAUCCCUAAUAUUGACGAAAACGAAUAUUCCUCCCGAAUCAUGUUCGUGAAUUAUUAAUAUUAAUAGAAACUCGCCAUUAAGCUUCUUCGUUUCGAACAGAAAUAGCAAAAUCGCCCGACUCAUUGAGCAUCCUGAAUUAUUAUGCAAAAAUUCUCAAAAAUUCCCUGACUCAGCUCAGAGAGAGAAAGAGAGAGAGGGGGAGAGAGAGAGAGAGAGAGAGAGAGAGAGAGAGAGAGAGAGAGAGAGAGAGAGAGAGAGAGAGAGAAUAAAUAAUUCAUGGGUAGGCAUUUUAAUCUCACAGUGACAAAAACGUCAUAAAGCUGCGAAUGGUACUUAAGAACUCCUAAAUUAUUAUUAUUAUCAUCAUCGAUGUGCUGCUGUUGUUUCGAUACGGCUCUCUCCCACAAAGAUAUUUACGUGCUCGAAGUUGGAAGCAUUACUGGGUUUUAUACCGUAAUGUGAACAAUCCGCUUGUUUUCCGAAGACGUUGAGAAUAUUCGAAUAUAUCCUAGAAGGAAGUUCGAUCUUGUAGAAUCGCACUUGGAGCUUUGAAAAUUGUAUUGUCGGGAAUUAUUGGGUCCUCUGAUUAUCCAGUGUAAGCCUCCACAAAUUUUCUCCUCGUCUAACAUUAUUAAGCAGUUGAGAGUUCUCAAAUUCUUGUCGAGGCGUAGCGAGUUAUAUUAGAAUUAUAUUGAGUAUCUGUUAAUUUUAGUCGACCAUGAGAAAAAAUAAUUGUAAAAUGAAUCUUGCAAAAAGAGACAAACGUGUGAGUAAUUCCACGGAAAUCGGUUGCGACAUUCUUUUUGUUUGGCUAAUGAUUAAUUUGAUAGUUAGGUACGAAUAAUUGCGUGCGGGCCCCAUAAUGCGGACUAAAGGCAAAAACUGAACUAGUGUGAAGAGCAGAAGGUGUGUGUGAGUGAGAGAAAGAGCAUGAGAGCGAGAAAAAGGAAGCAAAGAGAUAAGAUGUUUUAAGUAA